AGUUGAUGUCAAUGCCUGGAUCUAUAUAUGUGGCUGACCCGAUAAAGACUGAAAAAGACGCCAUUGUCAAGCUCAGCUCCCUCAUUUUUAAAGCGAGAAAGCGAGGGACUUUUUUUUUUUGAUAGAGAGAGUGAGUUUAUGUCAAUGCCUGGAUCUAUAUAUGUGGCAUCGGAUCCUUCGCCCAAGUGUGUUUCUAAGUUUCCUACAUUCUCUCUCUCCUCCCCCUUCAAGAACAUUUCCAUAGCUAAAAUCCAAACAAGCUCAUAGACAUUAACUAAAGGUGGCCAUUUUAUAUGGUUGUAUUCUGAGCCACUACUACGUACUACUGCACUCUAGCCAUAAACGUUUUGUGGUUGUCCUUGCUUGCUUGUUCUUGUUUCAUUCUUUUCCCUUUCCCCUGCUAGCUUGCUAGGUUUCUCAAAAUCUAGCUCUACAUUUCAACUGUGUUUGUCCUUUGUUUGCUUUAUUAAUCAAGAGAGAUCUUUUGUCAUGUUCUCGGAAUUGAAAUCAUUUUCGUUAAUGGGGUUGUCCAACCCUGAGAUGUUUUUCUCUGAGAAAGAUCUGAAUCCCAUGGAAUUCAAUUUCCUUGUGAGAUCUGCAUUAGAACUUGGAGAUGACUGUGAAAUUGUACCCCAAGAUCUUCAUCAGGAAAAAGAAGUUGAAGAAGAAGAAAAGCAAGAAGACGAAUGCGAGAUAUCGGUGCCUACUUUGAAGAUAAAACUGCCGUCUGUAGAAGCAUUCCAAAUUGAAGAUGAUAAAGAUGACGAUGAUGAUGGGUUCAAGACUCCAACUUCUUUGGAUCGCAAAAUUCCUGUCAUUUUUCAAUGUCCGCCCGCACCCAGAAAACCUAAAUCACUCCCAUCAGCCAAACGAAAAUCACCUCAACGGAGAGUCUUACUUGAUCUGUCCAAUGAGAUCGAAUCCUUGUUUCCUCCAGCUCUUGCUGGGGAUCUUGGUGGCAAGAUUAAGAAAGUUAGACAAGGCAAUGACACCAAAUAAAUAAGAGGUUCUAUAUAUAAUUAUGUACUUUCGUGAAGUAAAAUUUAUAGUUACAUUUUUCUUAAUCUUAUCUCUCUCUUUUUUUUUUUUUACUAAAUUUUCUUUGACUAGCAAAACCAUAUCCAGGAACCUAAUAUCAUCAACGCUGUAUCUCAGAUUCAUAUCAUUUCUUUCUUUACAAGGCAGGUUCAUGUUUCAUCUCUUUCAACCCCUCUUUCUUGGUUCUUGCAUAGGCAUGGAUUCUGAAAUCUGUAACUCGUUGUGUGCAAAAGAUUAAUGUCAAAUGAUCGCUUAUGACCGAUCUACUCA